CGUUUUGUUUCUUCUGUUCAGAAAUUGUUUGGAUUUUUGCUAACAGUUAAAUGCGUAACUGCUAAUUAAUUGCAACUUAAAUUAUCGUGAACAGGAAAAUACAAAAUAAAAAACAACUUUAUAAAACUUAUUACUUUCGAUUACUUUUGGUGUAUUCGAGUAUGCAAGUACAGCAAAUUAUGGAUGGAGUUGCUUACUAUCAGGCAUGUUAAACCAGACAAGUUUUAAAAAGCCAGGCUUCGAGAUUUAUUUAUGAAAACUAAUUGGACAUCUGGAACGUAUGUUUGCGACUACGUCUAUGGCUACUACUCUAUCGUCUUGACAUGACAAAUUAGUUAGUCAUCAGGUUAACAUAUGUAAUGCAUGAAUUUUCAAACAUAGUAAAAGAUUUUGUAACAAAUAAUGUCACGAAAUGGCAAAGAAGUGUUAUAUGAAGGGUGGUUAACAAAAUCGCCACCAACAAAACGAAUUUGGAGGGCUAGAUGGAGAAAAAGAUGGUUUUCAUUACAACCUGGUGAACUUCCAGGCCAGUACUUGCUUACAUACUACACAGACAGAAAUUGUCGUAAACUGAAGGGUGUUAUUGAUUUAGAUCAUUGUGAGCAAGUAGAUACUGGGCUAAAAUAUGAGGUUAAAAAACUUAAAUUUGAUUUUAUGUUUGAUAUUAAAACACCAACACGUACUUACUAUCUCGCUGCUGACAAUGAAAAUGAAAUGAAAGCAUGGGUUAAGUGUAUUUGUGAUAUCUUAGGGUUAGAAGCAACAACUGAGGAGCAACAACAAACAGAAAGACACAUUGCUAUUGAGUCACCUCCCACUACUGAUGUGUAUUUUACAGAAGUUAAGAAUGAACAAUCAGUUAAAAAUAAUUUUGAUUCACCACCAGUGUCUCCUGUUAGUACAGGCCCUUAUAUUCCAAUAUCUGAAUGUAUUACUGGAAGAUCUCCUACACAAGGUGCUCAGGAUUUUUAUUCUUUACUACGCCACAAUGUCGCAAAUUCAUACUUCCGUCCAGAUUAUUCAAAAAAUCAUAUGAAUGCGACUUACGAAACUUCUCCCACGUAUCUGAACGACGUAAUAAUUCACAAUGAGGGCGAUCCGAGAUUCUAUGACUCUCCAAGACAGUUGCAAGCUCCCAGAAGAACUUUAAAAAACUCGGAAAACUAUUGCAAUGUAAGGGUCGAAAAGAAUUCUAAUAUAAGUCCCUUGCAAAGUCCCACGGAUUCGGAGAGCGUUUUCACUGACGACGAUUGGACUCACAAUACCAUGUCGUCCAAUAAUAGCAAUGCAAGGAUGCCCCUCGCUUCAGACAGUUCUAUGGGAGAGGCGACGCAAAAGUUAAACAAAAUUGCUUUGGAUAACAAUUCUAGUUCACCUCUGCCUCCACCCAGACCNUUUGUUAAUUUAUUAUGUCAGGAUAUAGUCGGGACACCAAAUUUCAGGAAUUAA